CAAUUGUUUGUUACUUUGAUGCCAUUGUCACAGACGUAGGGUUCUCACAGUUACCGCGAGAAUUCCAGUUAGUUCAAUAAAGUUCUUAGCAAGUGAUAGAUCAGUGAAAAAUGCAGGCUUUAUACAUCAUGCUCGUUUUUGGAGUCGUUAAAUAUACAAGCAGUCAGUUUCUUGCACUAGGACCAAAUAGAAAAGCUGCUAAAUCGGCAUGCGACCCGUCAGCCAAGUCUUCGUUAGUGGAACAUUUCUUCAACAUCAUAUUCACAGAAUUCCACAACACGCCACCAGUUUGCGUCUGCGUCCAAAUGUGUCCAGAACAGCCGACCUACUGCUACCCAAAUGGAUGUUUACGUAGAACACCUACUGAGAAAAACAAGAAACUCGAUGUUCCAUUACCAGUAACUCGAGUCAGUGAGAACACUAAACCCAUUUUCUUUAUUGAUGAGAAGAAUGAUUUCAUGAACGACUUUCUAUCGAAGAACUAUCUUGAUGAUGCUCCUCCUGCAAGUCCAACACCGCCAGCGACAGAAAAUGCAAUGGUAUCAAAUAUGCGUCCCGACCCUUUCAAAGACAGAUACAAAAUUCUCUUCAAAUACAAGAAAAUGCCAAAAGUAGAACUGAAAUACAAUCUCGGUGAACAAGUAAAGAAUAUGAAAUCAGACAUGUUGAAACCAGAAAGUGUAGAUGUGUCGAAUACAAGAUGGCCAGUGAAUAAGAUCGAUCGUCGAUUAGGUGGUAAGAGAAAAGUCCAUAGUGAACCACCAGUACAGAAAGGCUCAACUAAUCCAAGAUAUUUCAUGUCCAUGCUUCCUGAUAAACAUGACAUAGCGAGCUAUCCACCAAAAUACUACAAACGAGAGCUAGCCAACAACACACACAACGAAAGCGAUGGAGUCGAUAUCAAAGCAAUCUAUGUUGUGGGUAAAUCUGAAUCAGAAAGUAACGUGUUCUCUCUAGAAAAACUAAUCGACAGUUUAAUCGAAAGCAGUUUCGAAAACAACGUUACUACUACACCUGAACCUGCUACAGAAACUGUAGACAACAAUACAGCUGUUGCUAAGAAACAUUUAAAUAACACAGAGAAACCAAAUUCCAACAAACGUUCAAUGAAGAAUGAGACUAUGCAUGUAAUCUCAAUGAAUUUGACGAACGAAAAUAUUGACAAGAAUAAAUACUCAGACGAUGGUAUGGCGAACAGCUCAAUGAAUGUGAAUGAUAUGAUUGCAACUCUGUCAAAGAGGAUAGAAAUACAAAACAAUACUAGUUUAGAAAUGAUGAGGAGAAUAACUGGAGAUUUUGAGUUUGAAUCGAUGAAUACUACAACUGAGAAGCCUAUAGAAACGUCAGAGCAUAUAAAUAAUGAAGAAACCACUACGGAAUAUGCAACUACAAUGGCUGCAGAACACGAGUCUAGGACAACUAGAAAGAUAAGACAGAGAAUAGUCAGAAGACUUCAUCAUACUAAAAUUAAUUAGAAUAAAUCCUAUUUCUGUUUAUAGUUGAAUCUCUUUUGUAUUGUCGGUAUAAUAAUUAUUGUUUUGAUUAUUAAAAGUAGUAAUAAACA